AUGUCAACUAAUAAUUCAAGUGUUAUGGCUCAUGCUCUUUACGCUCAAUGUUUAUCAAUCAUCGAUGAGCUCAGAAUCAAAGGAAACAAAUCUUCUUAUGUUAUUGUCUUCAAUAAAAUUGGCCUUCCGCGCGUUCAUUUAAUCGUGAUCCCGUGCCCUGGGUUCACCUGCGUCGAACAUCGUUUGUUUCGGUUUGCCGAGCGAUCUGUCUUUUCUCAUCCUCAAAGACGCCUCGACAACGACAUAUACCGGUCUUCUGGUCUGGAAUCUGAACAACAAACUGGAACCCAAGAGCUUGUGGGCUCUGUUGGUGCCUUGGUUUGGUCCGUGACGGUUCUUGCUUCUCCUGGAACUAAGAAACAUGAGCAUGUCACCAUUGCUAAGUCUACCUCAGUGACCGUGGGAACAGUUCUUGCGCUUAGUAGGAUAAGGCUCAGCUCCAUGAGCAAAGUUGAUCAAGAGGCUAAAGCAGCGGCAAUAUUAGCAAAUGUGAUAUCUUGCACAGAUGACGAUUUCGCGCGUGAUCUCGCAGGGAAGCAGUGGCAAUCGCUUCGGAUACAGGGACAAGUGUUGUGA